AUGAGUACCAAAUAUUAUUCUGGCUCACCAAGGACUGGCAGUACAAAUUAUACUCUGGGAAUCGGGUGCAACAACAGUCAGGAAAUGUCCACCACUGCCUCUGUAUUCCUGGCACUUCUCUACUUCCUGUUACCUCCAUACACUUCUUGUGGAGAGAGUAAGAUCCUGGUGGUGCCUGUUGAUGGCAGCCAUUGGAUCAACAUGAAAAUAAUCCUUGAAGAGCUUCACUCCAGAGGCCAUGAAAUCACAGUUCUACGCUCGGCCAAGAGUUGGUACAUCCCCAGCAACUCCUCCAUUUAUACCUCCAUUAAUAUCCCAAUGUUGGAGGAUGAGGCAGACAGAGACUUUUAUAUUACAAUGAUCCAGGAUGUCAUGUAUCGACGAAGCUAUCCCAAUUUUAUACGCACGUUUUAUCAACAGUACUUACUCACAUCUGCCUUAGGAGAUGGUCAUACAAUUAUGGCAAAGUCAGCAGGUAAAAUUUUGGAGGAUGUUGUGCUAAUGAAGAGGUUGCAGGAUACAAAAUUUGACAUAAUAUUAACAGACCCAGCACUUCCUUUAGGCGUGAUUCUGGGUGGUUACCUCAAGCUGCCAAUGGUCUAUAAUGUCCGCUGGAUUAAUACAGGGGAAGGUCAUCUAACUAUAGCUCCAUCUCCUGUCACCUAUGUUCCUAUACCUGGAAGUGAACUUCAUGAUCAAAUGGAUUUUCAGGAGAGGAUAAAAAAUAUGUUGCAUUAUCUCUACAGCCUUUAUGAGUUGUACAUUGUCAUUAACCCAGCCUACACAGAUUUAUUCCAGAAACAUUUCCCUCCUGGGACUGAUUUGGUGUCUUUGGAGCUCUCAGCUGAUAUCUGGCUUUUCAGGGCAGAUUUUGUCUUUGAGUUCCCUCGACCCACCAUGCCCAAUAUGGUUUACAUAGGGGGGUUCCAGUGCAAGGAGGCUCAACCUCUGCCUGAUGAGUUGGAGGAAUUCAUGCAGAGCUCUGGGGAUCAUGGGGUGGUGGUCAUGUCACUGGGAACACUGGUGUCAGCUCUCCCAUCUGACAUUACAGAAGCCAUUGCUGCUGCUUUUGCUGAGCUCCCUCAAAAAGUCAUUUGGCGUUUUGUUGGUGACAAACCUUCAUCUUUGGGAAAAAACACCAAGCUGGUCAACUGGCUUCCCCAGAAGGAUCUCCUGGAACAUCCUAAAACUAAAGUCUUCAUAGCCCAUGGAGGAACCAAUGGCAUGUAUGAGGCCAUCUGUCAUGGUGUUCCUGUUCUGGGUUUGCCCCUCCUAUUUGAUCAAUUUGACAACUUACUCCGACUGAAAGUUCGCGGAGCAGCUAGGGUAGUGGAGGUCCGAUCACUGACCAAAGACAAUUUUCUGGAGGCUCUUAAGGACAUCUUGGAGAAUGCAUCUUACCGUGAAAAUAUCCAACGUCUCUCUCAGCUACACCGUGACCGACCAAUGUCUCCAGUGGACACAGCAAUCUUCUGGAUAGAGUACGUCAUCAGGAACAAAGGAGCCUCCCACCUUCGGUCCACAGGUUUCAAUCUGCCUUGGUAUUCCUACUUCUGUCUGGAUGUAACAGUCUUUCUCUUAGCCAUAACUGGAGGCAUUAUUUGUGGUUCUGUCUUGGCCUGUAAGGCACUCUGCUGCAGGAAGUCUAGAAUGAAGAGAAAAACAGAAUAAC